CAGGAGACACUUUCGUUUUGUCGCGAGCGGCCCGGGCAGGUGAGUGACCGCGGUGUGAUUUGGGACGCAGCCAGAGCGCCGCUGGAUCACAGCAGAGUUCUCACCGGCACACAGCGCGCGAGUUCCAGCUGCGCCAGCUGCGUCUCACAGCUGCACUCGGGCAGAGGAGGCAUGAGAGCCUGCAUGUGAGCACAGCAGCUUCCAUCACAGGCUUUAUUCAGGGCGAGAGGAGCCUCAGAUAUCCUCACUGAUGCUGACUGUAAUCACUGACCUCACCUCACCUCACUGCACAUCUGUGAGGUCUGUUACUGUGCAGCUCGUGCAGUCAUCACAUCUGCACCUCAUUCACUCAGUAUUAGAGGUGAUGGAGAGACGAUCAAGCCAGCGCACUACACUCAUGCCCUCAUGCCUCUUCUUCAAGGAGCAAAUGCAGCGUCGUGCUGAUCACGUGAUGCAGCUGCACGUAUGAAAACCUGGACGUGUCACUGAGAUGACGGGCGAAAGCUCGUGUGUCGGGACGCAGCACUCUCAUGGAGGUGUUAAGGAAGAGGACGUACGUGAAUCUGGACCUGAGGUGCAUGAGAUGCCGGAACACGAUGCGAGUCUGACCUCUGACCCCACAGCACCUUUUGUCAGGCGCUUCUGUAAAGGAGGAGCAGAUAAACCGUACACGUGCCUGACUUGCAGCAAGACCUUUGUCACCUCGUCACAUCUGGCGCUCCACGUGUGCAGACACGCCAGUGACAGGAAGUACGAGCGCAGCAGGUACAGGUGCAGAAAGCACGCGUGCACCAAGGCGUUCUCACGGCCGUCUCAGCUGGUGCGCCACAUGGCCGUCCAUAUGGGUGAGAAGCCCUUCAAGUGCCCGGAUUGUGGCAGGUGUUUCGGACGUGGGUCGCACCUGGAGACCCAUCGGCGGCUCCACACGGGCGAGAAGCCGUUCAAGUGCAGUGCGUGCGGCAAGUCGUUCACGCAGAAGUCCGGCCUCAUCGUGCACGUGAGAAAGCACACGGGUGAGCGGCCGUACAAAUGCGACAAGUGUGGCGAGGCGUUUCGCACCGCCGCGCACCUCCUCUCCCAUCAGGCUCUGGAGGCGGGGGAGGGCCGACACGCCUGCGCCACGUGCCAUAAAAGUUUCAAGACUGUUUCAGUGCUCAGGCAGCACGAGAAGGUUCACAGAGAGUCACAUGAUUCACUCGUACGCACAUGCAGCGUGUGCUGUGGUGCGUUUGUUAGCAGCUCUGAGCUCCAUGACACCGAAUCUGCCGCGUGCGUCUUUCACUGCAGAGUCUGCAACGUCAUUUUUACAGACAUGAGCACCUUUGAGAAUCACUGUGAGAAGCACCAGAGAGUGGAGGAAGACAAGCUGGGGGAAGAGGAAGAAGAGGAAGAAGAGGUGGAGGUGGGAAAAAGAAAGAACAACGCUCGAGACCCGCCGUUUCGGCCGCAUGUGGCAACUUCUGCAACGCGCUACACGUCUGAGGUCAGCACACGCUCCAAAACCAGAGCCAGGAACAGCACCGACGGAAUCAACUGACGUUUUACCACGUCACUGAGGAGCAGUUUAGUUAAAAUGAAGAACGGACGCGAUGUUCUUGUUAACUCAAACACAGUCAAUCAGCCGCAACGUAUUCAGUGUUUAAUGUUUAGUUUUGCACUGCAGCGAUGGCGUUAAAGCAGCUCACCAAGUAAUGAAAGUGUACCAGUUUAGCACUUUCCUGAGUGUGUGAUUUGCAUAUGCAAAUUAGGUUCUAAGAAAUUUGAGUUUGCACUCGGACUGUUGACUUCGUCCAUGUUUUUGGAUGAAAGUGUGUUGGUUCUUCAUCAGCAAAUCUGUUUGAAACGCUGAACACGUCUCCGCUGAUCGACUGGUGUAAGUGAUGUGAAGUUACAUGAUGCAGGUGUGUGUAGCAUUUCUUAGGGUUUUAAACAGUUAAUGUACACUCACCGGCCACUUUAUUAGGAACACCCAUGAGCCACACCUGCUGUUCUCUGCAGUUCUGUAAUCAGCCGAUCCCUCGCCAGCAGCACGACACAUCAAAUCCCACAGAUACAAAUCAGGAGCUUCAGUUAAUGUUCACAAUGUUCAAGCAUCAGAACGGGAAAAAUUAUGAUCUGACAGUGUGACUUUCUCUCACUGUGGUCUGGGUGUUGGUUUGAUCCAGAUGGGCUGGUUUGAGUAUUUCAGAAGCUGCUGAUCUCCUGGGGUUUUCACACACAACAGUCUCUAGAGUUUACACAGAAUGGUGCAGAAAACAAAAAACACUGAGUGAGUGAGCGACAGUUCUGUGGGUGGAAACAAACGCCGUGUUGAUAAGAGAGGGUCAGAGGGAAAUGGACAGGUUGGCUCGAGCAUUUUUGCCAGGAAGGAUAUAGUAACUCAUAUAAUCACUCUUUACAACCGCGGUGAGCAGAAAAGCAUCUCAGCAUGUAACAGCAGAAGAACACAUUGGGUUCCACUCCUGCAGCCAAGAACAGGGAUCUUAGAACCAACAACACGUUCCUAUUACAGUGGUGGGGAGUGUAUCAGUUGAGGUUUAUGGGCUCUUCUUGUACAAAAAUGUUUGCUGUAAAACUUGUAAAAUUGUCAGCAUGAGGUGUUUGAUGGAUGAAAUGUUUCAUGCUAUUCCUGUUGUAUAGAAUUUUGUUUCACAGCUCUGUGAUGUGUCGCUUGUUUCAGUAGGACGUGUGUGUUAUGGUGUGUGUUACAGUGUGUGUUACGGUGUGUGUUACAGUGUGUGUUAUGGUGUGUGUUACGGUGUGUGUUACGUUGUGUUACGGUGUGUGUUACAGUGUGUGUCAUAUCGCUUUUCAGUAUUCGAGAUGUAUUGUCUCAUUUAUUUCAUCAACGAGAAGAAUUUCAACUCUUACACCACAGCGCUGCUGAAUUCUCAUUGGUCAGAAAGUGUUGAUUAAUUUUCUAGAACAGGUUUAUAUUAACCGCGUGCAUUAUUAUUAACAAUACAUUAUGGUUACUAUAGUAACAGCUCAUUCACAUUGGGAUUUAAAAACGUAUAAUCACUGGUACGGUGAAGUUUUCUGUGAUUUAACAUUUAUUUCUGGAAGGAGUCUCCAGUGUCAGUGCUUUAGAACAGAGGUAAAGCUCUCACUUUAGCAUUUCUGUCAUCUUCAGGACGGAGGAGAUUCCCUGCAAAAAUAUUUGCACCCUGAUUUACUAAAUGUGUAAAAGCAAGUGUAAACUUUAAAAUACCCACAAAAAUGUGCAAACUUUAACUAACAGCCUGUACAGAGGAGUGUAUCGUUCACAUCAGCAAAAGAACAUCUGGUUUUGCAUUUUUAUCUGAAUGUGCAUGUAAAAUAUAUAUAUGUAUAUACAGAUGUGUAUAGGGUGGGAUCAAUACGAAUAGAGUCAUUUAUCUCUGUCAAUUUGUUAAUUUUUCACUCUUCACAUGAGGAUGUGUAAAGUAAUGGCACCGAAAGGCAGGUAUUGCAUUUGUGAAAGCCAAACAAAAGAUAAAAUAA